CCUUCUGUCCUCCGUGCUUGUUUCGAUUCACACUUCUCGACCAUCAGUAAACAGCUGGCGUCGCGAUGCGUCAGAACAAAAUGUUGAGUGGGAGUUUACUGAGCUAGUUGCUCCUGGGAAAGGUAGCAAGAGCUUAUUCAUAAAGUUGAUUUUUCUGUUGAGUUAUUGGACAUUUCAAUUAAAGGACAGUACAUAAAAAACAAAGUGCCAAACUCCCAAACAGAUAAUAAGUUCAGAACAAGUAAAUUACACGUUAAAUAAUUGUAAAACUUGAAGCGAAAGUGAACUUCUUUGUUAUAGUGUACGCGCAUUCGUCGUUAGCGAGUGGCGCAGCAUUGUUUGUUGUGGUUCAACGAAGACCCUGUUUUGAGAUCGAACACCCCGAGGAACGCGAUUUAUUCAGAACAUUCUCAGGUGAAGCACAAAAAGUGACAUCGUAACAAGUUGGAGAUUAGAAAAAGGGAUUCAAGACCUGCAAAUCUUAAGUGAUAUAACUCAGUGUCAACGAUCCCCAGGUCUAUUUAAUUUAACACACACACACACCAAGAAUCAACAAACGCUUAUAUUAUUUAUGUCAAGUUGAAUGCUUUUUUGUAUAUUCAUAUGGGGAAUGCAUGAUUUUUGUACAUCGUCUGCAUCGUAGACUGAAAGCUACCUCGAAAACGUUGAGUCUGAGACCUUGUGAGGCUUAUUAUUUUAAUUUCCCUAAUGCCACCAAGGACACGCCAAGGUGCACUGUUAAUUUAGUUCGCUAACGAGUGGAAACAAGAAGAAAUUAUAUCUAGACUCGUUCUAGUCACAAGAAAAAAAGGUUGUUUUUGAAUCUUAUAUAUAAUUAUACAUAUAUAUGUUUUGAGGAUUUUGAUUUCAACGUUCCUAAAAGUUAACUGCUGGACAACGAAGAAGUCACACAUACACACAGCCUUUUAACAAUUUUUUUUAUGAUCUCAUAUUUGCUUUUCUUCGUUAUUAAUUCCAAGAGUUUUUGUUUUUACAUAUAAAAUUCCAUGAGCUGUGACCAUCGAAUCGUAAUUGUUAAUGAAACGGGGGUUGAUUUAUUGAGACCUUUUUUUGUAAAAACCCACGCUACCUGAAUGAAAUUGAUCAAAGAGUCGAGUGAUAAGCAAGGAGUUUUCUUCAAAGUUCUUGAUGAGGAAGAGUCUAUCGACUCAGCUUAUUGAUAAAUGAAUCGUAGACACUCUGGGGCCGUCCUCGCGAGUUCCAGACAACGUGGGGUACGGCCCCUAUCAAGCUGACUAAAGGAAUUGGAAAAAUUAUUGAUAAUCGUCAUUCUUCAGGAGUAAGGAGAAUUAAUUUUUUUUAUCAUUGAAAAAUAUCAUUUUCAACAUGCUUUACAUAUUUUACGUGGAUACCGGAAGCACCAUCACCUUCGACAUCAAGCUUGCUUUGCAGAGUGUGUCUGAGCUGAAGGAGGCGAUCGAAAGAGAAUGUGGCGUCUUAACGAAAGACCAAGUUCUGUUGAUGAGCGGUGGCGAAUCUUUGGAAUCAGAUGCUCGAGUCUGUUCUUAUUCCGCUGGAACGGACACAAAUCCGAUUUACCUCUUUAACAAGGCAUCCAUCAACAGCAGUGUACCGCCUAUACCUAGCAUUGAUUAUGGCUCUGAUGUUGAUCUUCAGAGCCAAAUUGAUGCUUCGUCGGCGAUGCCGGCGACAUAUCAAACAAUUGUCGCACGUGCUCAGCUGGCCCAACAGUGUUGCGGUUUGGCUCGUGAUCAGAUUCGAAUUUGCGAGAGAUUGGUCCACGAUCAACACUUACAACAACAGGGAUGGGCCGCAGUCAUUGCAAAUCUUGAGGACGUUGUGCAAAUGUUUCAAACCAAAGCUGAACAAUUUCAGCAUAGCUUUGCCGUUUAUCACGCGGAACGACAUCAGUACAUAGAACUUCUUCAAAAUUACAGCAAUGAUGUGGGAACCCUAGCAGAAAUUCCAAUUUUGCCGGCACUGCGAGCGCAAGCGGAGGGUCUUCUCAGUCCUGAUGAAUUGCCAACAUCAGAAGAAGAUGAUUCUGGAGUGUUGAGCUUAUUCAAGUGGAUUUCUGCUAAGGAUAAUCAUAGCACUCUGGAGCAAGUUGCCGAGCAAUGCUCGAGAGGAUUGGAACAGUUUAAUGAGAGUGUGAUGGAAUCGUUGAUGGUUGAUGUAAAUCAAGUAAUUAAAAGUGCAAAUAAACAGGACUUCAAGGAAAUCCGAGGUCUUGGCGAGAGAUUAUUUGCACUUGAACAGUUAAUGACACAGGCAAAGAAAAUUGUUCAAGAACAAGGAGAACUCGCUCAAGGAUUUUUACAAAAUCAAAAUCGCACGAAAAUUGAAGGUGAUGCAAGUGUUCUUCCUGAUCUUUGUACAUCUCAUCGUCGACAACUUCUUGUCAUGUUAAAUAAUCACAAUCAACUACGUGAUAUUCGUCGACGAUGUACAAAAGCAAAAGAGGAGCUAUCGAAUAAUAUUUAUCAUCGUUUAAAAUGGAUCGUUCAUGUUGAAAAUAAAAUAACAAACGUUGAUUAUAAAUUGUCAAUGUACAAUGAAAUUUUAAAGCGAUUAAAAAGAUACUUUGAAGUAUUGCAGCAGAUUCAUUUAGCUCCGGAAAUGUACAUGAGUGCCAUAACAGAGGUGGUUCGACGUAGAACUUUCUCCCAAUCAUUUUUAUCAUGGGCGAGUAAUUUGGCCUGUCAAUUGUUAACUGUUCACAAUGAAGAACUCAGUAGACGUCGUGAAUUUCAGAGUAAAUUUGAUGGACAUUUUCUUAAUACACUCUUUCCUGGUAUGGAGGAUACGCCUCCAGAUUUUGCAACUCAAGCACCGCAAGUUUUUGAUAAUACACUUCCAAAAUUAACUGUGGAGGACAUGGAAUCUUUGAGGAAACAACUACCAGAUUUGGCACUCAAUGUUUCGUCGCCUGAUCUUAGCAGCAUCACACAAUUUUUUUACUCCAAAUGUUUAAGUGAGGGCAGUAUUGACGGUAACAAGGACAAGGAAAGCACUUCAAUGCCAGUUGAUGAUGUCUCGUCCAAGGAUCAAGUCAGUGCUCGUCCUGAGAUGAUGAUCGACAGAGGUGAUUUCGAAUCGGAAACUGAUACGGAGGAGUUUGAGAAGAUUGGCCAACGGGGCACGGACUCGAAGCUGAAUUAUUACGGUGGCAUUCUUUCUGAGGAGUUUCGACAAAAAGAAACGGAGGUUGGUGUUCAGCAAAGUGCAUCAUUGGGUUCUUCAAUCUCGACUAAUAUAUCCCCGCUAAAUUCAAAAGGCACUGAUUUCAAUCGAUCUUCGUCAUCCAGCGAACCCGGAUCCUAUCAUUUUCCUAGUUUAACCACAAGCGAAAGACCACUACCUCAGCUUAGUCCGCUGACCGAGUGCAUCGAAAACGGUUUAUCCAGUUCUCAUGAUCACUAUCUCUCGUGCGACGCACAAACAUUCAGUAAUACUCCAUUAUCCUUAAUUGUCAAUAUUCCUAGACAUUUCCCAAGCUCAAAUCCAUCAACCGUAUCUCAACCCGUAGGGUGCGACGGCCAGCAAAAGUUGCAAAUUGAACAACGACAACAACAACAACAACAACAUUGCGGAAGCGAAGGCAGUAGCCCCGUUGCUGUUGGAGGCGCAGAUUUCAUGGGUACUGAAUUUUACAUGGAUGAAUCACUGCCAAGCAGUCUCAGCGAACAUCCCACCGACAGCCAACAUCAGGCUAUUGUAUCCCUUCUUCAGGAGAAUCUCGGGAACACUCAGGAGGAAGUGGAUCGACUGCGAAAUCUUUUGAGAAUGAUGAAGACAGCCACCACUGAGGCACUUCAGGCUUUUAAAAUUGAAUUGGCCGAUUUAAAAGGGCGAAUGAAUUUUGACGAAAGUGGAAUUGCAACAAUUACUGAACAACUCAAUCAAGCUGUUACUCUUCAUUCAAAUGAAUGUAAACGCAUAAUUCAAGAACGUGAACAAGAAAUGACAGUGGAUCAUGAACUCGAGAUGGCUGAUUUAAAAAAAAUGUUACAGAAUCGCGAUGAAGAUAUUCGUGCUAUGAAAUGUACAAUUAUUGAAAAGGAAACUGAUAUCAGGGAGCACGAACGUCUUUUAAAUACAAUGCGACAAACUUUGGAUAAUGAGAAGUCGGAAAAGAAUAUUUUGCAAGCCCGUUUUCAUGGACAACUCGAAACUAUGAAGCAAGCCAGCUUAGAGAAAGAAAAUACGCUUAAAGAAGCUAAUGAUGCAAGAAUUAUUGAAAUAGCAUCGUUGACAAGUUCUCUGAAUCAGUGUCAAGAAAGAAUACAAGAACUAGAGAAAAAUCUCGCAAUUUCACGCGCUGAUGAAGAGAGACUUGUCAAGGAAGCAAGUGACAAACUACAAGUCGAAUAUAAACGAGAGCUGGAAACCAUCAGAAGUCGCUUCAAACUUAUGGCUGCAUCAACAAUGGAGAGGAGUCCCAGUGAUUCUAGCCUCGAAAAAAUUGAGAGAACGGACGUGAUUGAAUUGGUGAAUCACGAGGCAAUUUUAGCACAGACAAAAGAAGACAUGAUACUGGAGAGAGCGGCAGAAAUACGUCACGCUAUAGAAAAGGAAAGGACGGAAUUCACCGUUAAAUUUGAUCAGGAACUUCAAGUGGCAAGACAAAUGGUUGAGGAAAAAGAACGAGAAUUAGAAAUGUAUAGAUCUAGAGAAAUGACUUUGAUUGCCGAGUGUGAACGAUACAAGAACAUCAUUAGUCUUUUGACUGAAUCUGCAAGUCAAAUUGGACAAACCCUGAGCAAAAAGGUGGAAAAAUUCCAUGCAUUAAACGUACAACUCGAGAAUAAAAUAGCGGCCGAUCAUGAUAUUUUGGUACAGCGAGAAAAUCAGGUUUACGAUUUGGAAGUCGAGAGAAAUGAAUUAAGACAGGAAUUAAAAGGCGAACGAUCGAAAAAUCAAACAACUCUUGGACAUGAGGAAAUUUUAAACGCCGAUCGUGAUGAGGAUCAAGUUUCAGAAUCGAAAAAAGUCAAAUUGGAAGCUGACAGUGAUCCGGCCUAUUUUUCCAGUAGACUUAAGAUACUUGAGGAUGAUAAUAAACGAUUGAAUACUGAGUUGAGAGUAAUGCGAGAGGGUAAAGAGAUGGCGGAAUCUAUUGUUUGUUCAUUAGAGUCAGAUAAAGUGCGUUUGGAAAUUGAAUUAGUCAAAGAGCGUUCGAAACGAAAUUUUGCGGGAGAUUCAGUUGGUUCGUCGUCGAGCACAUCAACCGAGGGACGUGAUAAAGAUAUGAGUACGUCUGUAGCAGUUGUUGCUGAACCAUUAUCUCGAGAUGCUGCAACAAGUCCUGAACAACAUCGGCGAGAAGCUAUGUCCGCUUCAACGUCAACUUCGACCUCGACCAAAAUUCGUGAAAAACUGUCGAAAAGUACCGUCGGUCUUGUGCAACAAGGACUAAUCAACAUUUCGACUUGCAAUCCCGGCGAUUUUGUUUUAGUUCUUUGGGACUCACAGCACAAGAACUUUAUUAUCUUCCAGGAAUCGACAACGAUGUAUUUUCUCAAUUCUGAUUGCAUCAAUAUGUUGGACUUGAAAGGUGGUCCCGAUGGGACGCCUAAUCGAUUGCAUGUCGUUGCAGAAGUCAUUGAUAAAGAAUAUUGCCAUGCGAAGAAGCCUGAAAAUCGUUUUCGCGUGCCUCAAGGUACAAAAUUCUAUCGAGUUCGUGUGAAGCCAGUUCUAAGGAUGGAUUCAAUUUCUUCAGCAAAGAGCCAGUAAUUAUUCAAAAUUGAAAAAGAAAAAUUCAGAAAAUAAAGAUGUGUGCGGUCUCCUCUAUUUCUUGCCUGGUGUAAAAACGCGCUGUGAUUAAGGAAUCGUGUUACUUGGGACACUGUUGACAACUGUAGGAACCAGGCAUACUACUAAAUACGUUCAAGAGGUAUCGCCCCAAGAUCGCCGAUUCCCAUUGUACGUCUCCGCAGCCAUCCGGAUCCUCGGAUCGAGGGACAAAACCUGCCAGAAUCUCGAUGCGCUCACUUGUAAGCUAUAUUAUAUAAAAUUAAAAAAAAGAGCAUUAUAUAAAAGGCAACGCGAGCGAAGGAUUGUAUGCGCAAGUUUAGUGUUGCGAAAUGAGACGGAAGGAUGCGCUGGCGUUUUAUUGUGAUAUAAAUAAUUUUUAACGAGUGCAACAUAUUUGCCGAAUGCUGUGGAUAGCUGUGACUGGAAUUUUUUUUUUUUUUUUUUUUUUUAUAUAAAUAUAAAAGAUAUUAACGACACGAACGUCAUUAUUGUUUUCUCAUUUUUUAGUUCGAUACAAAAAUCUCGCGUAAAUAAAACAAUGUUUUUUUCUUUUUGUUUUUUAUACGAGAUUAAUACGUAAAAAUUUCCCGGUACUUAGUCUCGUCAAACUAAUUUAAAAUUCAUCAUGUUUUUGAGAAUUAUAGAAAUAAGUUUUACACAGCCUUGAAAAUGCUUCAAACGUACACUUAUAUAUAUUAUAUGCAUAUAUAAACUUAUGGUAUAAUAUAUUUCGUAUAUGUAUAGAAGACAAAAAAAAGCAUUAAAUAUUCACGUUUAAUAUCAUAGAGCGUAAGAAUAUUUUAUAAAACGCAAUUCUAUAAAAUAUUAUAUAUAUAUAUUAUGCAAACGGUGGAAGCAUAAUCAACGCGAUAAGGUUUAAUAUUGUACAGAUAUUCUCGUGGGACAUUUUUUCCAUUUCCAAUUUGUGCUUCAAAGCUUCACACACAGAAACACAUCUUCAUCGCUAGACUUAAGUAUAUCACUCCUAUGAUGGAAAUUAUAAUUUAGAAGAUCGCCUCUAGUUCAAAUUUUUAUAAUAGGACCCAAAACUUUACCAAAAAAAAAAAAAAAAAAAAAAAAUAAGAAAAAAAGGAAAACUUCUCGGAAACGAAAAGAAAAUGUCAUAGCGGUCAUUGACAUUAUUUUUAUUCGUUAUUCGAAUAUCAAUUUCUUCAUACUUAGAAUAUCGUUGUUAGUUUCAUUGUUUUUAAAAUGAAAAAAAGCGAGAAAAAUAUAAAUAGAAAUUUUUUUAUCAAUUUCCUGACGUUUCUUUUAAAAAGCGUCAUCCUUUAUGGUAUUAUUAUAAACUAAAGCGCGAUCUAAGCACCUGUAGUAUCGCAUAAUAGCUGUGAUCGUUAGAGUCCUUUAACAAUUUUUUUUGUUCACUUCUCUUUUAGUCAAAUCAAUAAUCUCAAAUCUCAUUAAGGCGUUUUUAUGGCUGUAGGAUUUAUAAAUGAUCCAAGUUUCAUAUAUAUUAUAUAUAUAUAUACCUUUAGGUAAUUUCUUUGUUUAACUACUUGACAAAAAAAUAAAAUAUAAUACAAAGAUAUUUAUACGCAGAGAUAUCUGUCUAUUACAGUGUAGAUAUAAAAUUAAGAUAAUUAGUGAAAAAAAUGUCUUUAAAUAUCGAUCGUUACACUUAUAAGUAUCAUCAUGUCUCUCUCUCUCUAUUUCUCUCUUUUUAUUUCAUUUCUAUUCUGUACAUACAGAGUAUAUUUAUUAUUCACAAAAAAAAAACUGCACCAAUUUACAAAGACAUUACAUUCUCGUUGAUUAUUAUUUUUUUCAAGUUUAUCACGAGGACAGAGUUAAACUACCUGAUUGUAAAUAAUUUUCUUUUUUUUAAGUGAUUCUUAAAAAUAUUUUGCACUAUCGUAAUAUCGAUAAAUCGUAAACGAUAAUAAAAAAAUGAUCUUUUUUUUUUUAAUUUGACGAUGGUUUUGGCUCUGUUCUCAUAGGAAAUCAUAGCUUCGAUAUAGAUAUCCUUAUAGUCUCAUGAAUGGUACGGGUCUUGUUGAACAGACAAGACUUCGAUUUAUAUUUAACUCAUUGUGUCACUAUAACUGAUAUUUUAUCUCCUCUGUUUUUAUCUCAUCUCUUUAUUAUAGGGAAAUUCGUUUUCCUACAAGAAAAAAAAUAUAUGAAAGGGAUAGAGCUUAAUUUCCCUCCAACUAUCUAUAAUUAUUAUUAUUAUUAUUGUAUAAUAAUAAAAUCGAAACUGUUUGAUAAUCAGUAGAAUUUUCGCUUCCAAUGUUGAAUUUCUCAUAGAACAAUAUUUGUAAUUGCUCUAGAGGAAUCUCGUUUAAUGGACUGAAAAUCAGUCUAUGUACUUGGGAGUUUGUACUUUUAACAUUAUCGACGACCUUGUCGCGUUUCCGAAAUUUUUCUUCUCAAUGAGAAUAGUUUAUCCUUACUAUGUGCACACAAGUUGCGAUAUAUUUGUGGAUAGAGAGGAGAGUAAUCCGUACGAGCUUUUUCUUGAAACGUAUUGUUUUAUGAACAAUACGUUAUUGAAAAACAAAAAAAAAAAAGUAAAAUAAAGCGAAAAAAAAAA